UUCAAGAUGAUUCUGCGACUGGUAUUUGCAGAUUACCACGAGGAAAAGGCCGAAUUGGAGUUACACACUCGAGUGCAUAUUGUCUGGACUGACUCAUUUUUAAAUUGGAGACCAAGUGAUUUCGAUGGAAUUGAAUCAAUUCACGUGAAGAUGAGUCAAAUAUGGAAGCCAGAGAUUUAUUCCCUGAAUCCAAAAGACGACGAAUUCUCAGGAAUUCCCGACUCUUCCUGUGUCUUAACGAACGACGGAAAAAUCAGCUGUAGACCGACGAGAGUUUUCACAGCCCCAUGUGAAUCUAAUUACACUCACUGGCCGUAUGAUACCCACAAGUGCACGAUAAAAAUCGGUGCACCGACGUACACCAGCAAUGAAGUACUGGCGGGAAAGGGAAAAUCUGGAAUUUUCAUAAGGCAUUACAAUAGCCACCCGCAGUGGAGAAUUUCCAUCGGGAGUGUCAGACACAGUAGAAUUCGAUCUAAAAUAUCCAGAGGGGAUACCUUCGAGAGUAUUGGGGUGUCAUUUCUCCUGGAUAGGCCGUACACGUCACUGAAAAGUGUCGUUGUCUCUCCAAUCAUAAUUCUGGCUGUUGUGACACUGACUAUUCUCUGGUUGACACCAGGCACCACGGAACGUCUGGUUUUGUCAUGUCUCAAUAUUAUCGGCCACUUGAUAACCAUUCGAAACGUUAACUUCAAUAUUCCAGACACUGGAACGACCGUUCCAAAUAUCUUGAUUUUUUACAACAACUCCAUGAUUUUCGCGACAAUCGCGUUAGUGGUGAGUUGUUGGCUUCAAAAACUUGUCAAUACUAAACGUGAAGUGCCAACGUGGGUGGCUGGACCAGUCGCAGCAAUUCUCAUCACCACACCAGGAAAAUUUUGCUCGAUGACUCUCACAGAGCCCAAAGCAGCUGCUCGUCUCCGAGAUGAUGAAGACAGCAAUAGUUUAGUGGAUUCGGAUCACAAAACAGCGGAUUGGGAAGGAGUGGUGACUGUCCUUAGCUGGAUUUUUUUUAUAACUUUUGCUUUUAUUUAUAUCGUCAUGUGUGUUAUUUUGCUUUGAUAAAAUUUUCAUAUUUACAUGGACAGUGAAAAUAAAACUUGUAAUUAAAUUCA